AUGAAUAUGAGCUUAACGGGCCGGACUUACGCUUCCGUGAUCUCCGAAUUACAUGUGAGAUCAACUCUGAACCGAAACAAGCACACACGCUAUAUCGAGUACGCAAAAGAGGCAGAAAAGUGGUUCAGAAACGUGUCUCAACGCAAAGAAAAAUUCGUAAAACUCCGUUUGUAUAUCCAAGACGCCUUAGGCGGGCCCAACGCCACCAUUUGGGAGGUGGCGCGGGCCGAGGUCACUGCCGCCUCACCAACUUCAUUCGGCCAAGUUAGGGUUUUCGAUGACUUGGUAACGGCUGAGCCCGACCGGAAUUCGGCCAAACUGGGCCGGGCUCAGGGGCUUAUCACAUCCGCAGGCUUCCACGAAUCGGCUUUCGCAAUGAACCUUAAUUUGGUGUUCAUGGCAGGCCCCUAUAAUGGCAGCACCCUCUCUAUCGCCGGCCGGAAUCCUAUUCACAGGCUUAACCGGGAGCUGCCGGUUGUCGGUGGCACCGGAGUUUUUCGGAUGGCUCGAGGAUUUUCCAUUUCCAACACUUAUUCGUAUGAUCCUCUCCAGAAUUAUGGGGUUUUGGAGUACGUGCUUUAUGUUUCUUACGUCUAG